CAAAAAUGACAUUAUUGACAUGACAUAAAAGUCAUAAAGAAACCGAUCGAUUGUUGUUGUUUUUUUCCCCCAUUUAUUAUGUGAUUUUCGUGAUAGUGAACUAAAAGUAAACAAUGCGCCAAUAUUAUUAGUUAAAGAUCCCAAAAUAUAACCAGUUCCGUAUGGGAGGUGGCACACGGAGGAACAUUCAUUGUUACUUAACUGUUUUAGUCCCUCUAUCAUUAUGGACUACGACUAUCUCAUUAAACUUCUAUGUGUGGGAGACUCUGGAGUUGGGAAGACGAGCUUCUUAUACAAGUAUACCGACGGAGUCUUCCAUACGCAGUUUAUUUCCACAGUGGGCAUAGACUUUAGGGAGAAAAGUGUGAUUUACCAGCAGAAUGGGAGGCAGCAUCGCAUUCACUUGCAACUAUGGGAUACAGCUGGUCAAGAGCGAUUCCGCAGCCUUACUACAGCUUUCUACAGAGAUGCAAUGGGAUUCCUUCUGCUGUUUGAUCUGACCAAUGAGGCAUCUUUCCUCGAAGUCAGGAACUGGAUUGAGCAGCUUAAGACUCAUAGUCUCUCCGAUGACCCAGAUAUAGUGCUCUGUGGUCACAAAUGUGAUUUGCAAGAAAAAAGGCUGGUUAACCAGAAUCGUGCCCGGGAAUUCGCCAAGAACUACAACCUGCCAUACUUAGAGACUAGUGCCAAAUCUGGACAGAAUAUCGACCGUGCUAUCGAGAUUUUACUUGACCGCAUCAUGAACAGAAUGGAGUCUUCAGUGGAGUAUGCGAUGCUCUGUGCGUCGGGCCGUCGCCGUCAAUCGCUCCAGAAACUGCAAGCCAACAAGGACAAGAAGUUUUGUUCCUGCUAAUUUUUAUAAUCUGUGAUUUUAUACUAUCUUAUACACUAUCUUACCUUGAAACUAAAAAGUAUUUGAGUAUACAAUUUAUGAACAUAUUUUAUAUUUAUAAUCUUCAAAAACAUUUUAUAUUACAAUCUUGGAACCAAAAAAUUAUUUAUUCCAAAGGGUCUAUGGUUAAUGAGACUGAUUUUUGUUUUCAAGUUCGUGGAACUGAUUUGUUUUACAUUCCAUCUAUCCACAAAAAGUACAGUUUUUUAUAACUUUUUAAAAGUGAUUUCUGACUUUAAUGUCUAUGGUUUUUUUGUGAAAUUUAUUUAUUAUUUAUAAUAUAUAGACUAUAUGAUCUGACUGUCGUAAAUUCUUUUACAAGUAUAAUUUUCGAAGUGAAGUUUGUCCUUUAAAUUUAGUGAUGGCCGUUACAUGGCUCGAGCCGAAUACAAGUAUUUAAAUACUAUUCGGCGAUACAAGAUACCAAAUUGAAAUUGUGUCUUUGCCAACUAAACACGGUUUUCAUAUUUAAAACUUAUUUUUAUUCCGAAGAGUUAAAUGUCGAAGAUGAGUAUUGACUGUUGCUUUGUUUAUCUUAAGUGCAGGGUAAUCCUAGUCACGUGCAGUAUUGAAUCCGUAGAGUUAUUUUAUUGUUAAACAAUAUACAAUGCAUUCAUACAUAAGCAUAUUUUAAAAGGUUUUAUUUGUCUUUCGUUCGGACAGAAUGGGGAGUAUGAAAAUAUCGAAAUCGCGAUCUUUACAUUUUUAUUUGUCACACUGAAAUGUUA